AUGUCCACAGCCUCCAAAGUGACCUUCGGGUUAACAUGCGUCUCCGCCGUCGGCGCCUUCAUCUUCAUCAACUACUCGCAGCAGCUCGAAAGAGAGGCUUUCAGACAGGGCCCCAUCAAGGACGCUGCCAGAAUCGAGGCCAGGCAGAUGACCAAGAAAAUGAAGGCUAACGAGUUGGAACACAGAGAACAAAUUGAAUUGAGACAAAAGCUCGAGAAGAUCCAGCCUUUGAACCUGGAGAUCAUCAGAGGGGAGGAUACCUCCCAGUAG